GUCACGCUCUAGUAUAUGACGUCAUGUCACAACGCAACAAAUCCGCCUUCUUUUUCUACUGGUAGACAUGUUUUGAUUUCAACUUUAUAAUGAUAAUGUUUCAUGGAUGUUAUAAAUAGGAUCACCCCGGAAAAAAACUUGACCUGGAAAGCCGGUCACUAACCGGCUGGUUACCGUUAGGAUCUGAGUCUAUUCAGACUGACAGUUGGGAGAAUAGCCUCGUAAGUAGGCAUCAGUCAACAGGAAAAUAGCAACGUAUCCCCUGUCUCUGUGACCGGGUUUGAUCUUGCGGGUGGGAAGUAUCUCAACAAGCCAAAAUGCCUGCGCCGGUGUUGAAUAUGACAGAAGGCCUGGCUGUGACAGAGAUUACGUUACAUCGAGGAGAAACAGGUUUAGGAUUUAACAUCAGAGGAGGCACAGAUAUUCCCCAUUUCAAAGAAGACACGGGUAUUUUCGUAACUAAGCUCAAGGAGGCUGGCGCUGCCUACAGAGAUGGUCGACUGAAGGAGGGAGAUAAAAUCUUAGAGGUGAAUGGUCAUAAAAUUCAAUCAGUUACUCACAAUGAAGCUGUCCAAAUUUUCAUCACAGCUGGAGAAACAGUGCACUUGAAAGUUCAACAUGGUGCAGAGGAAUACAUCUUGAAACAAUUGGAAGCCAGAAAAGGUGGUAGCGGCGGCCUCCUCCUUUUGCUACUUCUUGGUUUGGCUGCAGCAGCAGGGAUUGGAUUUGUUGUUAUGAGUAAAAAAUGAGUUUGGUUUUAAUUAUGUACCCCAUACAAUAAUUUAGCAACUUGUAUAUCCAAAAAAAGCAACAAAGUAAAAGCUAAAACUAUCUUUGAUGUAUAACUACAGCACAUCUGUUAUUAAAAAAAAUAUAGUGCUAUUUAGUUUGAGCCAAUAUCAUCAUAGGCCUUGCCAGGUAAACUAUUCCUGCCAUCAUAAAUUUUUUAUUGUUUGUUUUAUAGAUUUUUUAAAGUCAGUCUUUCUUUCCAAUGGUUUGAUUAGGCUUGAUGUUUUUAAUUUUUUUAAUUGGUUUAGUGACUGUACAUAUUUUGGAACUGUAGUUUAUUUAAUUUUUACAUGAAGUCUAACUACCUGUAAAUGCAUAGAUUGAAAACUUAUGAUAGUCUAUGUCUAUACUUUCUGAAUUCUUCAUGAAUACAUUUUAGUUUUAUUUUAGGGCUGGUGUCAAUUAGCUUUAUAAAGUGAUUAAAAACUUUUAGAUGUAAAUGUAAUUAAUUAUUUAUUCAAUAUGAAACUAGUUAUUGAAAUAGUCAUAUUAAAAUACUGAGUAGAGUUUUAAAAUUUAUUGAUCAUUCUUAAUGUGCCAGGAUAAUAAUGUCAUUUAGCACUGGAAAAUAAUCAGCUUCAUAAAUUUGUUUUAAAAGUAUAAUAUAAUAUCUGGUGCCUCCGCUGCCUUUCCUUAGCAAUUUAGUAAAGUAUAUCUAUAAACAACACUUAUCAAAAGUAUGAGGUUUUCUGUUAGCAGAAUAUUCUGAAAAGUAAUGCAAAUGAAUAUUUUCUCUGCAAUUAAAAAUACCCAUUCAAAAAACUAUAAUGUAAGUAAAUUUUUAUGCCGGCUUUACAAAACAAUUAACAUAGGUUUGACAUGUCAGUAUUUUUAUCAAAUGUAUAGUGAAUCAUCCAAUUUAUUUUUUAAAAAAAUGAUGAACAUCUAAGAAAAAAUUGAUUUUUCAAGAGGUUUAAAUUAGUAUAUAGGUGCUUAAAUUUUUGCAGAUAAUUAAAAAAUAUAAUGGCUUUAUCUGGUCUUGUCUACCAAGUAUUUUGUACCAUCAUAAUGACCAAACAUCUUUUUGUGUACAAAAAGUUUUCAGUGAAAUACAUCAUAUAUACAAUAAUAAAGUGCACAAAACAAUGUCAUCAACUAUAAUAAUGGUGUUAUCUUAUUCUUAUUGCAUUCAUUUUUUAGUAUUUUCUUUGAUACUUUUGUAAUUAGUGAAUUUUGCAUUCUUUUUAUUUUGAAAUUUUGCUGGACAUUGUUUUAAAUUGUAUUUUAUUUUUGGGUGUUUAUUUUUCUAUUUUGAAGAAAAAGUUAAUUACUAAAUGGUUGAUAAAUAAUCUUUUCUAAAAAACAGGUAAAACUGAUCAUUUUUUAUUUCGAAAUUAAUUUUGUUAUCAAACUGCAUGUAUACCUACAUUAUUACUAACAGGUACACAGCUUAAAAUAACUAAAAGCUUGCAGCCCAUUUGGGGGCAGUCCCUUAGAUAACUUGCCAUCCCUUUUUAAUGAAUAUUUUUCCUUGACCAUUUUCAUAAAUUAAAAUAUUUUCAUUUUAAAUUGAAGGAAAUUUUAUAAGACCCAGUUAUAAGAAUGUUUAAAAAGUGAUGUUUUUCCUGUUGAUCUUGAUAAGUUUAUUUAAGUUUCAUUUUUUUGUGUGUGUUGUUAAACAGUAUAUUGACUAGUUAAGGUAAUGAUCUCUUCAGUUAUGCAUCCAGAUUGUGUUUCAUUGACAAAUAAAGACUAUUGAAUUAGAGGUAAGAAUGAUUGUGAAACAUUAACCUUAAUACUUUGUUAUUUAUAAUUUUGUGAUUUUAUUUUAAGCAGUUUCAAUAACAGGGCUAGUUUAUGUAUUUUAAAAAUUGGUAUUUGAUUUAUUUACCUUGAACCUGUUUUUUUUAAAAAUUGCUAAUUAGUGUAAAAUAUUUCAAUAGAAAUAUUGUAGCUGGUACUGUGGUACACUAGGUAUUUAAGAAACUGAAAGCAACUACAUUAUAGAUUAGGAUCUAGGUACAUGACAAGAAACUCUGUUCUCUUCAAUACUCUUUCAGGAAAGAGUUGUGGAGUUGUUUGGCAGACUAUAAAUCUUCACCUACAUUUAUAGAAAAAGUAAUCUUAUGAAUAUUCAAAUGUAAAGUUAUAUUUGUUAUUGCUAAUUUAUUAAUAUCCUGGCAUGCAAGGUCAACUUUAUAAUCUAUCAACACCAUUUAAUUAUGUAUCUUUCAUAAUUUUAAAAAUGCAUCCUUAGUUAUGCUCCUUACAUUCUUUGUUAAGUUCAUGUAAAAACAAAAGUGAGACUUGAAUCUUAUGUGUAUGUAGACUUUCACAUGUAUUUUUGUACAGUAUAUGUUGUGAACAUUCUUGAAACCAGGUUUGAGGUUGUGUGAAUGGUCUUCUCACAUGUGUGGGCUGUCACUUGAUUACUGCUUAAUUUAAUCCACAAACCAAUGGCUAGGCAUCUGAAGGUAGUUUUCUUCAACCAGUUGUUUAAUUUUUUUAUUGCAGCAGUAAGUUGCAUAUAUAUAAUUUUUUUAAGUAUCAUUAAUAUUUUAACAUACCUUAGCAGCAUAAACUUGUAGAGUAUGCAAUUGUUAGCCCAUGAGCUCUUUGUCCUUGUUGCCAUUUAGACACCCUUUUAACUGGAACUCUGACGUCACUUGGGUUGAUCACUGACGUCACUGGGUUGAUCACUGGUGUCACUUGGGUUGAUCACUGACAAUAGUUGUGUUAGGACAGUUGAAGACUGCUGGGCAAUGUGCUGGCCGCAUCAUCCCUUUAUACUGUCUCAGCCAGAUAUUUGGUAAAUUUUAAUCAAUAUGCCUGUCUAACUGGAUAUGUCUAUAGACAGUUGAUUGAAGAGUUUUUGCAUCAUCUGCUUUACUCAAAUUUGCUAAAUUAAAAAGAAACAUGACCGUUUUGUUUUUCCUCAUAUUCCCUAUUUAAUUAUUAGGUUGUUAAAGCUGUUAUUUACUUCCUCAAGCUAGGUGUUCAAGAUAUUAAAAAAAUUUACAUUGUAUUACUAUACCAUAUUUGUGGUUCUCUUUUUAUUUAAAGUGUAUAUAUUAGGUAUGCUAAAUAAUGUGGAUCAAAUUUUCUUUUAAUUCUUUGAUAGUAAUAUGAAUAGAAAAAGCACUUUCCAAAACAAAACAAAAUUGUGUUGAGACUGUCCUACUUUACUAUCAGCUAAUAUUUCUUUUGUUGCCAAAGUGUUUUCUCUCCAUACAGCUUUAACAUGAGUAUUAGUUGGAAAUCAAAUCAGUUAAGUAUACUCAAAACAGUUAUCUUUUUAACUUUAAUUCCUGAUGUCUUUUAAUGUAUUGUUUAAUUUCCAUGUUUUGUCUGAUUGUUAUAUGGGAUGGUGUAAGAAAAGCAUCAUUUAUUUUUAAACCCUAAAAUUUCACCAUUGAUGUAUCAUGCCUUUAUUAACACAUGUUCACAAGUAAGUUGAAUGAAUGUACACACUGUCAUUUAUCUCAGUGGUUAUAGAAGAUUUAAUAAAAGGCAUUGAGUAAUUGAAAAAAAAAUGAUGUAUUGUUUAUAUUUUAAAUUGUUUUUUCCAAUUAAAAUAAUACAUAUCAAGUAAGGUUAAAUACCUGCUCUAAUUUAA